GAAGCGGUGACAGAGCAUCCCAAGCCACACAGAGGCCGGCUUGGUCACUAUGGAGGAGAUAGGCAUCUUGGUGGAGAAGGCUCAGGAUGAAAUCCCAGCACUGUCCGUGUCCCGGCCCCAGACUAGUCUGUCCUUCCUGGGCCCUGAGUCUGAGGACCUGGAAGACCUGUACAGGCCGCUACAAAAGCUGCAGCAAGAGCUGGAGUUCCUGGAGGUACAGGAGGAUAUCAUCAAGGAUGCAAAGAACCUGAAAAGGGAAUUCCUCCAUGCCCAGGAGGAGGUGGGUGAAGCCGAAUCAAGCAUCCCCGCUGUCAGAGGACAACUCUGGAGGCUGUGGGAUCAGAAUACAGCCAUUGUGGGCCUCUACAACAGCUCCAACUACUAUGUGCGCAUCCUGAGCACCAUCGAUCGGGAGCUACUCAAGCCCAAUGCCUCAGUGGCCCUCCACAAGCACAGCAAUGCACUGGUGGACGUGCUGCCCCCUGAAGCUGACAGCAGCAUCAUGAUGCUCACCUCAGACCAGAAGCCAGACGUGAUGUAUGCAGACAUCGGAGGCAUGGACAUCCAGAAGCAGGAGGUGCGAGAGGCCGUGGAGCUCCCACUCACGCAUUUCGAGCUCUACAAGCAGAUCGGCAUUGAUCCUCCCCGAGGCGUCCUCAUGUAUGGCCCACCUGGCUGCGGGAAGACCCUGUGGCAAAGGCGGUGGCACAUCAACACGACAGCUGCAUUCAUCCGGGUCGUGGGCUCGGAGUUUGUACAGAAGUACCUGGGUGAGGGCCCCCGCAUGGUCCGGGAUGUGUUCCGCCUGGCCAAGGAGAAUGCACCUGCCAUCAUCUUCAUAGACGAGAUCGAUGCCAUCGCCACCAAGAGAUUUGAUGCUCAGACUGGGGCCGACAGGGAGGUUCAGAGGAUCCUGCUGGAGCUGCUGAAUCAGAUGGAUGGAUUUGAUCAGAAUGUCAAUGUCAAGGUGAUCAUGGCCACCAACAGAGCAGACACCCUGGAUCCAGCUCUGCUGCGGCCAGGACGCCUGGACCGUAAAAUUGAAUUUCCACUUCCUGACCGCCGCCAGAAGAGAUUGAUUUUCUCCACUAUCACCAGCAAGAUGAACCUCUCUGAGGAGGUUGACCUGGAAGAUUAUGUGGCCCGGCCAGAUAAGAUUUCAGGAGCUGAUAUCAACUCCAUCUGUCAGGAGAGUGGAAUGUUGGCUGUCCGUGAGAACCGCUACAUUGUCCUGGCCAAGGACUUCGAGAAAGCAUACAAGACUGUCAUCAAGAAGGACGAGCAGGAGCAUGAGUUUUACAAGUGACCCCUCCCUUCCCUCCCCCACACAACUCGGGCUGGGGCUUCUUCUCUCAGGCCCUCCCCCUUCCCCCCAGAACCUCUGUCCCAAAACCUCAUUCCCUUUUUUCUUUACCCAGGAUUGGUUUCUUCAAUAAAUAGAUAAGAUCGAUUCCA